AAGAGGCCUACGUGUGUUUCAGUCGCAGCACAGCUAGCUUCGCGUCUCUGACUUGCAGCUGUGCGUGUUGUUUGACCCAUAUUGCAUCUGCAAACUCAUGGGUUAAUAAUGACUGCUGCAGGCUGUUAAUGUCUGGUCGAUCACGAUGGGGCAAAGUCAGCGGCCACUGAUCAAUUCGGGGUGUUUAGCUGUCGUACCACUCGAACACAUAUUCGUGAUUUAAGUAUUUAUUGUAUGAUUCGAGUCAGCUUCAACUUGUUAAUGAGGCAGGUUACUGGACUCAGCUGAGCGUUAAAGCAGAUAGUUCCGGGGUCCCUAGUUCCUAUUGGCCGAGUCACGUUAUAUAGCUAUACUGCGCUAAACAAAUCACUCGCACUGCAGAAAACAGUAGCCGACACCUUUAGCAACUGUCCCGGAACACUGCUGAGUGACGUAGACGAAUAAAAUGUCAAAGUGUAACAAGUUUGAAGUGUUAACCAGCAAUGUUUAACAUCGGCGCAAUUGCGUUUCAUGAAACGGGUUUUAAAGAUGGCUCUUUCGGUGCAUCUGUAGCGUUAACAGAAAAUUAUACGGUCUAAAACACGGCGAAAUAAGCAAUAAUAAACCAGUUAAAAACAAUAUAGCCUACUGGAAAACCCAACAAGUACCCCUCAAACCAACCUGUCCGUCCGCAUACAGCGUGUUAAGCAUCGUGGUCGGCGACAAGAAGUCCCUGUUACGCAGGUUUUUAGCGCUGCUCUCCUUGAACCAAAGCUUCUCCGGUUCAGGGAAGAUCCUGUCGCCGUUUUCCCGGCUGGAAUCGGGGACAUUUUCACGCUUCCCCCGCAGUGCGGAGCUCAGCGCCCGGACGGUAGGGGUGAUCCGGAGGGGCGAAGACUCCUCGAUAUUCUCCAUCACCACCACAAAAUAUACACAGCUGAGUGAGUGAUCCUCAUAUCCUCAAUAGACCAGCUUUCAGCACGUCUUCUUCCGGCGCAGACAUGUGACGUUAAGGGCGCAAAUAUACAACAAGGGAGGUGUUGGUAAUAAGUUGAGACGCUGGAGCAAAAGAGAAGAGCUUGCAUCCAUGGAGAAGAUGCACAACUGGCAGGAGAACGAAAUCAAAGAACUUUUGAUCAUCCGGGGGUCGGAGGCGAUCCGUGACCAGAUGACGGGCACGGUGAAGGACUCUGUAGUUUACAACAGGAUGACCAAACUGCUGGCGGAGAGGGGGGUGUACAGAUCACACAUGCAGGUGAUCAGCAAACUGAAGGCGCUGAGGAAGCAGUACACCAAGUACCACCAGCAGAAGACCCGCUGCGGGAGCGACCGCGUCGACUGGCCGUUUUAUGAGCUGUGCCACCGGGUUUUCGGGAAUGCCCCCGCGGGGAACCCGGUGAAACGUCAAAGGACUCCCACACCUCCUCCACCGCCUCCUCCUCCACCUCUGCCGCCUGACGUCAGCGAGGAGCAUCAGGAGGUUGUAGUCGGGCUUUGGGACGAAGUUGACGACAGGGAGCUUAAGCAUCUGGGUUCAAUGGAGGACGAGGACGAGCAGUACAGCCCACCAGAACAGUUACAGCCCAUUAACACCACAUACAAAAUUCCAUCGAAGAAAAGGAAAACGACGGUGAUGGAGCAAGUCUCUACGUUAGUGUCAGCGACGGUCAGCCAGCUCCGAGAGAUGGACGCGUCCAUGCAGGUGCAGGAAGACGCCCGACUACAGAGGUUGAUGGACCAUGAGAAGGAAAUGCAGAACAAUCUAAUGAGCCAGCUGGUGGCCAUGCAUGAAAGGAUCAGCCGAGAAAACCACGAAAGAAACCUUGAACUCGUGGACAGGAUACUGUCUAGGUUCCCUUCACCUUCAGCACCUUCGGGUCACUGACUGACACUUCCUGUGUGAGCGACGACGACGUACAACAGGGUUAUGCAGGUGUAGGGAACACCUCUGUCCCGCUCUCCUCCACCAGCUGACGUGUGCCCAAAUUCCUUUAUUUUAUUUUCACACUACAGGCCUUCAUGCUCCAUUCUGGGUCACUGCUCACAUUUAUAACUAUAAACUCCAAAUUAUGAAGUCCAUUUAAAUUAGUUUGCUAGACUAUAAAUUGUUGGAUUUACAUACUAUAUAUAUGUAUAAUCCUAUUAUUAUUAUUAUUAUUAUUAUUAUUAUUAUUAUUAUUAUUACUGACUCAAAACGUGCUUAAAAAUAUCUGUAGAGAAUUUGGAGAAUUAACAGCUGCAGUGUGAGCUUUCGGUUUAACAUGAAAGAUGAUGAAUGAGUCCCACAAAGGGCAUGGAUGGAUGUACUGCACCUCUUCUGCCACCUCAUCUGAGGACGUUGGUGUAAACUACACAAAUCACACCGGCAGCUGCGGUCUUUUGUUGUAGGAAAGUCGUUACUAAGCUUUUAGCUUUCAUUUGGGAUCACUAUGCUGUUACAGCUGAUCUGAAGUGGGGCACCAGUAAAUGAUACCAGUUCCUGGUAAUAUUUUUGGAAUUUAGACACAGUGUUGCUUUGUCAAACAUUGAUGUAAAUUCAGUUUUGUGUGUGUGUACUGUAUAUGUGUAUAUAUGUGUAUAUAUGUAUCAUGAACACUGUAGUAGAAGAGAAGCUGCGCUUCAGUGGUUCAUGAAUGGGAGUCUAUUUGUAGCACAAGUAAUUCAUGGUGAUUGAUAUUGAGAAGAAGAAGAAAAAGAUACACCUUAACUGAUUUAGUUUAAAAUUCUGAGAUUUAUUAGAAAUAUCCAUUUAGAAAUACUAUACAGAAAACGGGAACAGUUUAUAUUUUACAAACUGAGAAUCUAAAAUAAUUUGCAGUAACCGCUUGUGGUUCUGGUGUCAUUCUUGGCUGACACGAAAUUCCCGGUUGCAUUUACUAUUGUCAGCAAUCCGGGAGAAAACGUGUCAUUGAGGAAAAUCACCUUCUGUAUCUGACAAACUAAAAAUCAGUCAUUGCACUCUAAUAUAUCCUGUUCAAAGUGGCAACACAGCAUUAAACAUAGGCAUUACUGGUGUUAGUUUUACUUUCCUUAUUAAUUUGAGAGAAAGAAAACUGUAAUUCCACCUUGAAUGGACCAUCUGAAUCAGAAUGGGUAGAGUAUAAGCUAAAUAGGCUAUGGUUUUAUACUUGUCACUCAGCUGAGAGGUGUAUUUUUACUGUAAAUACUUUGAUAUGGUACUAUACUGUUAAUGCCAUUGUUUUAAUUUUUGUUUUUCCUUUUAAGGAACAAUAAAGUUUUCAACUGAA